AAAAUGAUUUUUAUAAAUGAAAAGUGCCGGAAAAGUCGUUAGAAAAUGUAGAUAGUUCUGUGUGCUAAGUGUGUAGAAGUUUUAGUUUUAAUACUCCAUUUAAAUUCGUGCGUUUUAGUUUAGUUUCAAGGCAUGAUUGUUUCAUGUUGCCAAAGCCUAUAAGUAUUUUUGUGUUACAUUUUUAUAAGUUGAGUAAUAUAUUUUGUGUUAUUUUGAGGGUAUUGGCAAUUAGUAUUAUAAAGCCAUUAAUUAUUCUGCAAGGUUCAUUUUAAAAAAUAACGACAAGCGCUAAUUGCCGUCUCGUUAAUUUUAUUAAUAAGUUCUAAUUGUUUACAAUUGUGCGCGCGAUGUGUAAUUAUUAUAUGUACUUGUGACAAACAAUGAUACAGAUUCUUCUUCUCUCAGUGACCAAGAAAGUGAUUUCAUUUGUAGACGUAUGAAAAUAAAAUACAGUUUCAAUCAUGGCUCCGCCGGAUUUAAUAGAUUUGAGAAGUCCUGAUGGAUCGCAAAAUCCCAGGAUCGUUAUUGAAAAUGUAGACGCGAACAAACAUGAAUCCGACAGCGAGGAUGUUUUUAUGACACCAUUAAAUUCCUUGUACAUCGACGAAGAAGCGUUUUAUUCCACUCUUCCUGAAGAAACCGAUGUAGUUCCUCCUGCAAGUGCUGACACGUCUGGUGAGAUCGAGCAGUGUCUCAUGGAAUUAGAUAACUAUCUCCAAAGUUUAGAUAACGACGAACCUGCAGGUAAUGUCAAUCAAGGUUUCGUUUUGGAUGAAACCAGACCUGUGCGACCCGAAAGACGGAGACCGGCGUCUGCUGGUCGAGAAUCUAGGAAUUUUUGCAGAAGGAAUCCUUUGAGAUCAACGUGGACGGCUCCUAAUGAUAGGUUGACAGGAUCGGAUCAGGAUUUGCAUGUGUCUAGUAGGAGGGAUUGGAGUUGGAUUCAGGACGUGGCUGUGCCAGACGUUGUGGCGCAAGCCUGGUUGAGGAGGUCGAUGAGGAGGGCCCAACCUAUUGUUCUUCAGGAGGACGAACCAGUAUCCAAUUUGCCAUCUAUCAACCCAACGACAAGAAUCAAUAAUAGGCCUAUGAGUGCUCCAGUUCAAGUUAACAGUAAUUCCUUAGUUGCAACAGCAAUUGGCCAAAGGCCGAGAAGUAGUUCGGCGUCAAGUAGAUCGAGAAGAGCAGCAAGUUUAUCUUCGACAGACACCGGCAGCGACACCAGCGUCGAAAGCAGUUGUGCAGAUUCUGUAGAUCAAUCAGGAAGAUGUCCGGAUGACCGCGACGCAGAGAUGGAGCACGAUGUCGGAGCCGAUUCGGAUAAUGGAAUAGAUGACCUCGACAGUCGAGCCGGAGACAACAACUCCAAAACAUGGCCCCAUGGAAUAAGUCCGGCCCUGGCAGGCCUUGCUUGCACCCUGGGCUUGUUUAAUGUAUCCCGAUUUGCUGUACUUAGCACACAUUUUGGAGCUCCAUUUAUCAUCCAGUUUCUGGUGUUAUCAGUAUGUCUCGGAAUACCAUUUUUCGCCCUUCAGUUGUGCCUUGGUCAUCAAAUGUGUGCCGGACCAUUGGACAUGUGGAGAGUUUCUCCGAUAUUUCGAGGAGUUGGCAUUGCUUUAUUGUUUGGACACGCUCUUUUGGGAGUUUAUACUAUUAUGCCGGUUUCCUGGAUGUUCACAUUCUUCAGGGACAGUUUUAUCACUAAAUUAGAUCGAUAUAGAUGGGCAGAACCUUUUGAUCUGUACAGGGAAUCGAUCAGGCCGCUCUACAAUGGUUCCUACAAGUUAUCUGAAACAGUGGCCGAUUAUUUCAACGGUGUGGUUCUUCAAAGGCAUCAUCUAGCUUCCAAAGGAGAUGUUGGUGGUGCAUUAGGUUCCAUAAAAUUUCAAUUAGCUUUCAAUCUUGCAGUUGUCUGGUUAAUUGUAUUCGUAGCUCUUAGUAAAGGACUGAGAUCAUACGGCAAAGCUUUGAUGGUAUUUUCAGUGCUGCCUUUAGUGGGUUUAUUGGCAGUUUGCAUAAAAUUUUUAACACUUCUGUCAGUUGAUGAGUUGGGUCAACUUUUUCCAGGCACGCAAUGGGACGAGUUCUUUCUCAACACGAAGAGUUGGAUAGCCGCUUCUCAAGAAACAUUUUUGACAUGGGGACUCCUUGGAGCUGCAGCUAUGCAAUCAGCUUCCUUGGGCGCCUUUAGCAAACCUCGAAGAGAUACGUUGAUCGUUGUGGCUGGUACCAUAAUUGCUCUUUUGACGGCUGCUGUUCUUGGAAAUGCUUGUGUUAAGGUUAUGAAACAGCACGGAUAUGAUUAUCACACAGCUUCUUUCGAGCGAAUAUCAACAUUCACUUUCAUGAGACCAUCAUCAGACCCACUGCCUCCAGCUUUAGCCAGCGUACCUCCGAGAUUUUUAUCAAGAACAUCUAUGGUUGUUGGAGAACGUGCAGCUAGACCUGGUAUUCAAGAUCCUAGAUUUAGUGGUUAUCAAGCUGUAAGAUUGGCCACGGAGUUGCUGCCGGCCUCGUUUGCGCUAUUAGGACCCGAUCAAGUUUCACCAUUUUGGUCAGUGCUCUCCUUCUUCACCUUAAUUUUGCUUGGAGUAUCACAACAAUUGGCAAUUUGGUACUGCGUGGUUGGAGGCGCUUUAUCAGCUCGAAAAACUCCAGGAGCCGCUUUGGGCACCACUGCUACAUUUUUAAGCUGUGCUUUAGGUUUUCUCUUAGGUCUUCCUUUGACUACAGAACUGGGAAUAUUUGUGAUCUACUUCCUGGAUUAUUGUGCCGGCGGUGCAUGGUGGUUGGCAGCAUUAUAUCUUCUUCAAGUGACUGCUGUAUUUUUGGUUAGAGGACGUCCUUAUAGUGGUGACACCGUCGUCCGAGCAAUUUGUCCUCCACGAGGACCCUGUGUGGCUUUAUGGGCUGGUCCUUUAUUAGCAUUUGUUUGGAACGUCGUUCUACCAGUUGCAUUAAUGGUUCAUUCUAUCACAAGUUUCAAAAGUGGUGCUUACAGAGAACUUUAUCAGUGGCGGACAACAUCUGGAUAUUGGCCCGUUUGGUCCAGACAAUUAGGAGCAUUGCUUCAAUUAAUUCCUUUACUUAUAGUUCCAUUUACGGCUGUGGUACAAACUUAUCGAUAUUUGAGUAAUGGAUCUCCAGAUAUUUUAGAAAGGAUACAAGCCUUAUAUCGUCCUCCAUUGGAAACGGAGCACCUCCAAACGGCACCUCCACGGCCUCCAGCGCCUUUAGCCGCAGCAGUGGCGUCCACAGUUCCAAAUCCACCAGCUCCUGCAGAAGAUCCACCACCAAAAUAUACACCACCACCAAGUUACACUACAGCUACUGGUGCUAGAAUUGCUAAAAUGCUAAGGCAGAGUUUUAGGAGAAGUGUUAGACGGAUUGCCAAUGCCUUUGGUGAGCCCAGUACUUUACAAAGAACCAGCACGCAACAAAAUCAGCAAACUCUACCACCUCCUGAUUAUGAUGCUGUUUUGGUAGAAAUGUCACCAGCUGUCCCACAAAAUGCAAACAGUCGCCAUAGUGCACCACCUCAAACCACACAAAAUAGUGGCACAUCUAUGACAGCUGCUGAUGUUGCACACUUCUUAAGGUCUAGUUUGAGGAGAAGCACCAGGCCGACCUUAAACCUGCGAAGAUCUCAAACAACCAGAAGUAGUACAGAUGAUUUGGUACCAGGGGCUGCUCCAAUUGCUCAGUCUUCUUGUUGUAAAGACGACUCCUACGCCACUGAUAUAUCGACUGUGAUAUAAUUUUUUUUAGUUUUCUUCACAUGCUUUAAAUUUUAGAAAAACCAAUACCUCAGAUUUUAGUGACUUGACAAUAAUCAUUUUGAAUUUUUCUUGAAUGGUAAAAGUUUGCUUAAAUUAAGAUGUAGAACUUAUGAAUUUAAAUUGACAAUUAAUUCACAAAAUUUGGAAUUUUAAGCGCACAAAUUUUGACGCA